AUGCCCCCGGCCCCCUCCCGCCCCACCUGCCCCCAGCCCAACCCUACGGAUACCAUUUUGCGCAGGGAGGGGGGGAACCGGGGGUCGGUCCCGCCCGGCUCCGCAGUGGCAGCGCUGCCCCGUCACCUGACCGCCGUGCGCGCGCACCGCACCGCGCCGCCCGCCCCCCCCGCCCGCAUCCCCUCCCCUCCCGCGGGGGCGGGGGUGCCCGGUAUAUACGGCCCCGCCGCCCCCGCCCCUGCCUGCCUCCUGCAGCAGGGGAGGCCGCCGCUCGCCGCCGCACCGCGCCCGGCCCCGCAGGUGGGCGAGCCGCAGCGGGGCCCUCCGGGUCCCAAGAUGGCCGCCGCUGCCUGUCCGCCUCCUGCGGUUCGCUGUGACACGGCUCGCAGCACCAGCCGGCACGAGAGAGCGCAGUGCUCGCUCUGCUGCUUCCUCAGCUGCUGAGGAAAUGGGACACGAGUGGAAAUGGCUUCAGUGUUCCCAUGGAACAGGGGAUGUGCAGAACGCGUUGGGCAUUACUCUCGGUGCGGCACAGUGUGCACAGCGCUGCGGCACGCAGGGAGGGACCUCUCAGCAUCUGGUCACCUUCAGCCAGCGUUGCCAAGUCACUGCUGCUCGGGAGCAGCCAGAGCACGGCUUUCACUUUCAGGCUCUUCCUUCCCCGUGCUGAAGCUGAGUAACAGAUUUGCAUAAAAUAUGAAUACGCUGUUUUGUUUCUUGUAGCGCCCUGUAUUAAAAUUUCAGAAACCACUCUUAAAUAAAAGCUCUGUCAGCGUGA